AUGGCGCAGAGAACGGAGAAAGAGGAGACGGAGUUAAAGGUCGUACCGGACAAUAUCGCGCUGUGCGUCAAAUGCGGCGUCGUCGGAAAUCACGCCUCAGCCGCCGCCAGCAUCAUGUGCCAGAAAUGCUUCAAUUCGGCGAAGAGCCGCGCCACCGCGGUGGAGGGAUCCUUCAGAUCCGGUCCGCCAGCGAGGUUUUCGACGGAGGGAAGCUCGGAUCUGCACCGGGCGAGCGGCGAUCUGGAGGAGGAGGCGUCAGUUGAGGCUGCGGCCGUUGCGCCGGCGAAGAGAGAGGUCAGCCGCUGUUCCGGAUGCCGGAGGAAGGUCGGGCUGGCAGGAUUCAGGUGCCGCUGCGGCGAGCUGUUCUGCGCCAGCCACCGGUACUCGGACCGCCACGACUGCAGCUACGACUACAAGUCCGCCGGGCGGGAAGCGAUCGCGAGAGAGAAUCCGGUGGUUAAGGCGGCGAAAAUUGUCAGAAUUUGA